AUGCAUCGGCCAACGGUAUCAUAUCUUUUGCUUUUAUUUACAUUACGAAUACACUGUUAUGGAUCUGCUACAAGCUCAACCAAUGAUUUGAAUGCAGAGUACAAUCCGCCCUUGCAACAUACGCUGGAUAAUCGCAAACCAAGCUUCAUCGAAUGCGACAACUAUAAGCCAACGCUAGCGGAAGAACUACCCAUAGGUACACCGGUACUGCACGUAUCUGCCAUCGAUCCAGACUCACAGCAAACGAUCGAGUACAGCUUCCUGACAACCCCUGGAGAACGUUCUCGUUUUCGCAUUGACAAGAGUACGGGCGAGAUUACUACGGGUCACAUCUUCGAUCGAGAUGAACCAAUUCGUGAGAAGGAGAUCUACAUCACAGUUCGUGCGACUGAUAACGGAAGACCUCGGCUAGAUGAUGUAUGUACCUUCAAGGUGACGAUCCUCGACAUCAACGACAAUCCACCGAUGUUCGAUAAGGUACGCUAUGAGGAAUCGGUGACGAAAGAUAUGAAAGUGAAUCUGCGUGUAGCAACAAUUUCGGCGACGGAUAUGGACGAUGCCGAUAACAGUAUCAUCAAGUACGAAAUUGUGCAACAGAAUUCGGACAGCAGUUACUUCAACAUCAACGAGAACAAUGGGUUGCUCACGUUAGCUAAACCGGUCGAUCGUAGUCCUCGUGAAUACUACUUAAUAAAUGUGAGGGCUUAUAAUUUAAAAGCAGAUGGUAAGUCUACACAUAAUACGGACGUUGAGGUAAAAAUACGUGUAGUGGAUACCAAUGAGUUGCCUCCUUACUUCACCAAGGUGCCGGAGGGACCAAUUGCAUUGAACGAAACAUUCAAAGAGUAUGCUUUGGCUUUGGCACACUUUGAAGCUGAGUCAAGCAUUCCUGACAAACCAGAAGUCAUUUUCGCACUGAUUCAAGGACGUUCUGAGCAAACGAAUUCGAAGAAUACAUUUCUGCUGGAACAGAUCAACAACACUGCCUUCAUCAAGCUUGGUAUGGCGAUGGACUAUGAAACCGUACAGGAGUAUACUCUCACGGUGACUCUCACUAAUUCAUACGAUUUGGUGUCCGAGAUCGUAGUGAAAAUCAAUGUAAUGGACGAAAACGACAAUAUUCCGGUGUUUUCGGAAUUGCCGUCCAGUGCGAUACUUGAAAAUGAACCACCUGGCACUCCUAUCGUACAGGUACAUGCGUACGAUCUGGACGGAACUACAGCCAACAAUAUUGUAUCGUAUCGACUGAUCGACGAAGAGAACCAGUUUCACAUUGAUCCUAAGACAGGCCUAAUUACAACACUAGCUAAACUUGACCGAGAAAAAACUGAUUCUUACCAGCUAAAGCUAAUCGCAGAAGACAAUUCACCGUCAGCGUUGUAUCACAACGGGAAACCCAAUAGUAUCUCGCAGCAAUUAUUAAUUAGGGUGUUAGACAAGAACGACAACAAACCUAAGUUCAAGAAGCGUUACUACAUUGCGGAGAAUGUGCCAGAGGAUGAAAACAUUAACACGGCAGUGAUUGAGGUUAAGGCAGACGAUCCAGAUUCAACUUCGCACAUUUCUUACAGUAUUGUACCUUGGACCGAAAGCGAUGCGUUCAAAAUCGAUACGAACACGGGACGUAUCUCGGUCAACAGUCGACUAGACUAUGAGACAAUCCGAGAGUACAUGCUGACAGUUCAGGCGUUUGAUGGUAUCUAUCAAGACCUUGCAACCGUUACGAUUAAACUCAAAAACGUCAACGAUAAUCCACCACAGUUCAUGGGUCUUCGCAAUGUGACGAUUCAAGAGGAAACUAUUCCUCCCGCUUGCAUCAUGACCAUUCAGGCGUUUGAUCCUGACGUUGAAAAUCGGGACGACCUACAACACAUUCGAUUCUCCUUCGUAAAGGAACAAGAAGACCUGCUGGAAAUUGAUGACACUGGUUGUCUUCGGUUGAGAAAGGUUCUGGAUCGCGAUCCACCGCAAGGAUUUAAGAUAUGGCAGUUUAUCAUCACCGCAACAGACGAAGAUGGUGCAGGAAUGAAAACGACGGCUACUGUGAACAUUUUCCUGGAAGAUAUCAACGACAACGCACCACAUCUAUCGAACGCCAUGCCAGUAGUGUGGGGAGAGAACCGUCCGCCAGGGUUGAUCGUGAGGCUGACAGCAGAAGAUGUAGAUGAAGCCCAGAACGGCCCACCAUUCUACUACAGCAUUGAUCCAAACGCACCGUACGAGAUCAAGGAACGUUUCCAAGUGCAAGGCGACGAACUGUAUGCUUUGGUGGAGUUCGAUCGAGAGGAGCAAAAGGAGUAUCGGGUACCGAUCCGAAUCAGCGACUCUGGCGAAGAACCAAUGAGCGACGUCAGCAUAUUGCAUCUUGUAAUUGGUGACGAUAAUGACAACGAGAUGAGACCUGGUGAAAGUCGAAUCUUCGUAUACAACUACAAGGGAGAAUCACCCAACACAGAAGUUGGCCGUGUGUACGUGGAUGAUCCGGAUGACUGGGAUCUUCCGGAUAAAACGUUCCAGUGGGACGACGCUACCCGUAAUCAGUCGGUGGAUUUCUUCGAUCUAAAUCGCGACACUGGCAUGAUCACAAUGUUACAAGGCACUCGAGGUGGUGAAUACGAGUUAAACUUCCAUGUGAUUGAACAGUCGAGUCACUUUCAACGUCAUAAUGUCACAGCUAAAGUAGCAGUCACGGUAAAGGAGAUUUCCGGGGAAGCGGUUGAUAAGAGUGGAUCGAUCCGAUUCCAUAACGUAACAGCCGAGGAGUUCGUAUCGCGUACACCUGGUCAACUCUCCACGCCCAAAGAUCGUUUGCAGAUGAGCAUUGCGAAUACCCUCAACGUUAGUCGCGAGAAUGUGGACGUAUUUACCGUUUUGAAGCGUGAUAAUGUCAACGGGACCUUCCUGGAUGUACGAUUUUCCGCCCAUGGCAGUCCUUAUUACGCACCGGAACGAUUGAAUGGCAUGCUUGGCUACCGACUUCGCCAGCUGGAAGAGGAUGUCGGUCUGUCAGUGUUGAUGGUGGGGAUCGACGAGUGCAUCGAAGAGGGUCGUAACUGUGAACUUUCCUGCAAAAAUACGCUCUAUAAGUCGAAUGUGCCAAUCGCGGUCUAUACCAACACGAGCUCGUUUGUGGGUGUAAAUGCGUUCGUACAAGCGGAGUGUGUAUGCGAGGCUCCUCCACCUUCACUGACCUGUUUGAACGGAGGAUUCCUUGUGAACGAUCGGUGCUCCUGUCCGGAUGGUUUCGAAGGACCCCACUGCGAAAUGUUGGGCAUCGAAUUCUAUGGUAGUGGAUACGCUCUUUAUCCCCCGAUCAGUCCUUGCAAUAUGACUCGGAUCAGCGUAGAGCUGUCACCGCACCAGGAGGAUGGCUUGGUGAUGUACAUUGGACCGCUUAAUUACAAUCCUCGUCUACCGGUGCAUGAUUUCCUUGCACUAGAACUCGUCAACGGUUUUCCGGUGUUACUGGUUGACUAUGGGAGCGGUACUACACAGAUUGAACAUCGCCAUCGUAUUCCACAGGGUAAACCUUUCACCGUCGAGAUCUUACUACAGCCUCAGACGAUAGAGAUGAUCGUAGACAAUUGCAAGUUGUCCUCUUGUAUGAGUCUGGAUGCACCAAAGGGACCAAAGCUAUUUUUAAACGUUAACGCCCCACUUCAGCUUGGAGGUGCGAUUGUCAAUUUGGAAUAUCUCGGUGCAUUGUUCAAUUGGACGCACGUUCCUCGGGACAAGGGUUUCAGUGGCAGUAUAAAAAACCUCACGAUCAACGAACGUACGUAUGAUCUAGGUUUUCCUAGUCUUAUAUUAAAUGCCGAAUCGCAUGGUCAACGGUCUGCUAUGGCAUUUGCUUUUUCAUUUGGCAUCGAUUCUUACUUUCUAAUUGCGAUCAUCGCCUGUAUCAUGUCGCUGUUGGUAUUACUGUAUCUCAUUAUCGUCCACAAGACACAUAUAGACGAGUGGUAUGAUAACGAUAUGGAUGCUCCACACGGGACGGUUGUCGAAUACGAAGAGGAAGGUGGUGGAGAGUGUAAAAGUAUCUACAGCCCCAAACAGCUUCUUGCCAAUCUAGGGUACAACUAUGAAACACAAUACAUUAAAAUGGAUCCUCAAGAUAUAAACGCUAUCCUUCUGAGCAGCAAACACGCUUGUGACAAUGAUUCCCUGCAGUAUUCGAUCGAUGAUUUGCGUAAUUAUGCAUACGAAGGUGAUGGAAUUAGUUACCAAUCACUAUCGAGUCUUACAACCUAUUCCGGUGGGAGUGAUCUGAAGUUUACACAUCUACCGCCCUAUUUUCGAACGUUACUUGACAUCUAUAACGAGGAUUCAUUCGAACCAGACGAUUGGCUUAGGGCCUCCGAGGAGCAAAAUACACCACUAAUUCCACGAUACGGUACAACAAUCCAACAUCCUGAGCCUUCCCGCACGAAUUGUACUGCGCUCGUAGAUGUGUGA